UUAAUUUUUCUGAGAAAAACAUUAAAAAUUAUCUUAUUCCUAUAUUAUUUAAUAUCGGUUCAGUCUGAAUAAUGUCAAAACAACGAAAAGUAGUUGUCGCAUUAGAUCCUUCUUCUGAAGAGGCUUCAUAUACUAUAGAUUGGAUAGUUGAUAAUUUCCUUAUACCUAAACGAGACGAAGUGCAUUUAAUUUCAGCGUUAUGUCUAAAUUCUGACUUCGACGUAACUGAAUUAGGAAUGAACGUAAAUUAUGCAGCUGAAUAUGCCGCAAAUUUGGAAAAAGAAGUAGAACAAAAGACUAAUGAUGCAAUGCAACCUUUCGCUAAAAAGUUAGAAACAGCAAAUAUUAAAUGUGAGGUCGAAUUAAUAAAAUCGAAUGCUGAUUCUCGAAAUAUAGUCGUAGAUUAUACUGAAAAAGAGAAGGCUGACGUUCUUAUAAUGGGAAGUAGAGACUUGUCAGUAUGGAAAAGGUUAUUUUUAGGAAGUUUUUCCGAUUUCUGUCAACACAACGCACAUUGUCCAGUAUUAAUUGUGAAGGGACCUCGGAAAUCAUCUUUGUAAUUUAACUAACUAAAUAAAUGUAAAUCAGGACUGCGUUCAAGUUAUUAUUCCAAAUCACAAGAUUGACAUUUAAACAAUGAAUUCUUUUGUAUCUUAUCUUUAUCAAUAAAAUUAAAAUUAUAAGGUACAGUGGUACACAACACAACAAAUGCGUAAAAUGCAUAAAGUCGAUCCUGAC